CCGUAUUUGUCGUGAGUGCGUCAACUUACUAACUGCGUGUCAAAAACAAGUUUAACCCUGUCAGUCGGCAUCUUAGUGAAAUUGCGUCGCAAUUCGGAAGUGCGGGAAGAUGGCCUCUAAACCAUUCACGACAGUUACUUUCCUCAAUGAGGAUCGCACUGAGGAACUCUGCAGUGAGGCAGUACCAAACUCAUGGGUUUUUGAACAUGGAACAAGGGCCUACUGGCCGGAUCCCCCUAAGAAAGGGCACUCCGACCCCAGGAGUAAAAUGGUUAUGACCCUACAGAAGCCGGACACUAGCUGGCCUUCAUACCCUUGUAAAGUCCGUCACUCUUUUGACAAAUAUAAGAAAGCUAGAGAGGCUGCCAACAAACAGAACGAUGAAACAGAUACAGUAGUAACAGAGCCAAGUGAUUUAGAGGGAGUGAAAAGAAAACGGAAAAGGAAUACUAGGUAUGACAACAGCAGCAGUGAUGAAGAAGUCCAAGUGAAAAAGAAGCAUAAGCAUAAGAAGAAGAGGAAGCACGUUGUGUAUACAGAUGAUGAAGAAGAGGAUCAGUCUGUAAGCACAAGUGAGGCAAACCUACAAGCAAAAAUUCAGGAUCUUCUAAAAUUAAAGGAGAAGCCACAUUCCUCACAAAGACAACCUGGUAAAACUCUGCUCAAAGUAUCUGCCAAAGAAAAUACUCCAACUACUAGUAAGCAACAAUCUAACUCCGAUGUAGGAAUGGGAAUGACAAGCCGUCUAGGUACUCGUACAGUUGUAAGGACUGCUAGCCUUACUCAAAUAAUUGGCAACACUAACUCAAAUAAACGAGCUGAUUUUACUCAGACUUCAGGUCCUGGAGCUAGUUCCUUAUCGCCUUGUCAUGAAUCAGUUCCGGAGACUUUGGGAGAUGGUUCCAUCACUGAGGAACUAAGAAGUUCAUUUUUUGAUGCAUUAAAUGAAUCUAUACAAAAUAAAGAUACUGCUUCUCAACAAAGUGGUAGCCGCUCCCCAUCAAAACUGUCCACAGAUGAAAAUGUUGGUGAUGCUAAUGAUGGAGGCUCUGUCAAAGACUCUGAGUCUAAAGGAGCUGCAGGUACUGGCGAUGACAUCUCUUCCAUAGGCAACCCUCCACUUAAAAUGCAUUCAACCAAGUCUGUGGAGGAACGAGUCAGAAGCAGUCUAAUAUCCGAACUCUCUAGCAAAGUAGAUAUGGUCUUGCUGAACCAGGCCAGGCUCUUUUCCUUGCUUGCCCCUGAGGAGGAAUUUGUGGAGAGGCCUCCCAAUCUGCCCCCCACUCCUCUCAAAAGUGUCAAGGCCUUCUCAGAGUUCGAAGUUUUUUUAACAAAACCAGUCAAUGCUGAUACCUUGGUCACCCAUUUGAAACUUUGUGUCAUGGAUUCUGCUUCUGAGAGAGAUGCUACUGCAGCUUUAUUGAAAAUGCUUAUAUCAAAUAAUUUGUCCAGAGCCCUCAGUUGGGCUGGGAGAUGUGACAAGGAAAAAUUCAGCACUUCUAAGCUAAUGAAUGUAAUAUCACGUGUUAUUUUGAAAGUUUUUCCCAAAAGCAGGCUGGUGGAUUGCAAGAACAAAGUGCAGAGGUGGCUUGAAACCAGCAGCCAAAGAAAGCCUGACAGUGACUCUGACUCUGAGAAGCUUGAUUAAUGAUUGUUGAUCAUCAUAAGAUAUAUAGUUUACUCACUCUUUUGGCUGCUGUACUUCGCUCCAAUUAGGGUGCUGUUUUUUUUUCAAUGUCAUGGGCGAGCAAGGCAUUCAUGCAUCAUUCAUAUAGCUGCGUUUCUCCUGUCAAGAAGUUUGAAUUUUCCCACAGCAAUGUAAAUGUUUUUUAAAAAGAAGUACUGAGUAGCUAAUAAUAUGACAUUAGGUGUGAAGCUGUGAAGUUUUUAGUUUGACUAUUUUUACUUUGUUUGUUUUCUAAUUGUUUAUCAUUUGUUCUGCUGCAGCAGUGUCCUUUUGUUUAUGUUUUUCUCCCUCAUGAUAUUAUUUAUGUUGCUACUUUGGAAGUGCCACCUGGACACCGUCUCAUGAAGCCUGUGAUAAAUAUGUUUAAGUUCCUUUUCCUCUAAACGCUUCAAAUGUUUGGACACCGUCUCAUGAAGCCUGUGAUAAAUAUGUUUAAGUUCCUUCUCCUCUAAACGCUUCAAAUGUUUAAAUAAAAUUGUUGUCAUAAGUCAUGUCAUAAGUUGUUAAAUUUUUCAUGUAUCCAAUCCUGUUUUUUUUUUUAUCUCGAAGCAAAACUAGAAAAGCGCAAGCCUGCACUCUAAGAGGUCAUUUCGAGAUCAUAAAUGAGUCUGGAUUGACUCUAAAAUGAAGUCACUUGCGGUCGUCACAUUUGGGUCAUUUUGGGGUCAGAUGAGCUGAAAAUGACUCACGCGUGACGU